GUCAUGCCUUUAGUAUAUAUAUAUGCUGAGGUUACGCUCUCUGUACGUUUUGAGCCGUUUCUCCGCACUGUCAACAUGGUUCCUAGAGGCAUGAUCGCUGUGGCACCCGUCCUCCUCUGCUUCAUCCUCGGCCUCCUCGGUCCGGCUUCAGCAGCACUGGGUUCCCAUAGGGGCAAAAGCUGUUGUACAACAUACAGUAGGAAACUGGUGCCAUUCCAACAUAUCAGAGGCUACAGAGAGCAAAGCAUCACUGAAUACUGCCGGAUUGAGGCCAUCAUUUUCUACACGAUAAAGAAGACUGAGAUAUGUGCGACUCGCAGAGACGCGUGGGUGAGGAAUAAUCUGAAGUUACUCAGUUCUAGACUGAAGAAGAUGUCAGCCUCUGCUAAGCGUCCAACAAAGAACAAAGCUGCUGUCCCUCCAACUAAUGAAGGCCGAGGUUUCUCCACAACCCAGUCCUUCUUUAAUGGCACCGACUAUUAGUCUGACCCCAGAUUUAUAGACAACUGCGUUUAAAAAAAUUACAUCGUAAAGCUGAGUUAGAAAUAAACGAUGUUGCCAAUUUGGUACCUAAAUAUAUGGUAAUCACGCUUGCUUAAUUGAUCACUAUGCAUCAUCAUGAGCUAGGGGAACAUUAGAAAACCAGCUUUGAUACUACCAAUGUUUAUUAAGUGCUGAGCCAUUUAUGCCAUGUUUUAUUCAGCACAUCGUUUAGUUUUAUGGCUAUUUAGUUUCCUUUGUGUAAUUCUCUUAAAGAAAUAAAUUAACUUUUAAAACCUU